UCAAUGCGGAAAAACGCUGACGCUGGAGUGUUAAUACAGCGGAGUAACAAAUACGUGAAAAUGUUUAAAAGAUGUUAUCUGCGCGGUUGGCGACUGGACAUUUGGAGAAUGGAUGCAUUUUUUCCUCUGUCUGCAUAUCUCUUUGCAGUCCUAACUCUGCAGAGAGUGGAGACUCGUAUUUCAAUCAGCGCAGAGUGCCGUGAAAAUAUCACUCUACCUUGCGAUGCGAUCCAUCAUAGCAAGACUUUCCGGGCCGUCACCUGGUAUAAGUUCAAUAUUUCCCAGCGGACUGGGAUUGUCAGGAAGAACAGUCAAGUGGUGAAAUCCUACAAUUUUCCACGGGUGGCAGUGUUUGGAGACAAGGAGUGUCUGAUGCUUCCCGAUGUCAGGCCAGAGGACUCUGGGACCUAUGAGUGCCUUGUCUCUGCAAACGUCGGCGGCACAAACAGGGACUCUAUGGUCUUCCUCAAUGUAUCAGAAUGUGUGACCCCAGCCCCAGCUGUGUUCACCACCCCUCUGGUCACUGGAACUGAUGUCCUUUUUAUGGCCAGGAAGAGAGAAGAGAGACGGAAACAGCUCUGGACUUAGGAGCAGAAUCUCCAGGGGAGUGUGGACAACCAGUCCAGAGUUACAAAACCCUGGUAGGUGGGACCUUGCUCCUCUUCUUGCCCAAAAUACGGAAGAACGCUCCUAAACUCAUGAAUACCAAGAAAGCUGUGGUACCAGCAAGUCUUAUCAUGGUUUUGCCAUGCCAAGAGGAGUUGAGUAAAUUGCUCUACACCUCACAGCUGCAAGUGAGGACAUAAAGACGUAGAGAUGUGCAUAAAACAACCGUAUAAUUAUCAUACAAAUCACAUAUCAAGCCCUGCAAAACAGGACCAUUCAAUGCAUUGCAC